AUGACUGACCACCCAAUGGAUGAUUGGAACAGAGAUUCUCACCCUAUGACCAAGGAUGAUUUCGGAUGCUUCGAAAUUACCCUGCCUGCCGUCAACGGCCAGCCAGCAAUCCCUCACAAUUCCAAGCUCAAGAUUUCCAUGGUCAUCCCAGGAGGGGAGAGGAUAGACCGACUCCCUGCUUGGAUCAAGUAUGUCACUCAGGAUUUGUCGGUCUCACCCGCAUACGACGCAAGAUUUUGGAACCCGCCUGCGAGAGACAAGUAUGAGUUCAAGCACCCUCGCCCCAAGAAGCCUGCCAGCCUCCGUGUGUACGAGGCUCACGUCGGCAUUUCAACGCCUGAUCAACGCGUGGCUACGUACAAGGAGUUCACCAAUAAUAUGCUCCCUCGCAUCAAGAACUUGGGCUACAACGUCAUCCAAUUGAUGGCCGUGAUGGAGCAUGCUUACUACGCUAGCUUCGGCUACCAGAUCAACAACUUCUUCGCCGCCAGUAGCCGUUACGGCACACCUGAGGAACUGAAGGAGCUCAUCGACACCGCUCACAGCCUAGGUCUUGUUGUUCUGCUCGAUGUUGUCCACAGCCAUGCUUCGAAGAACGUGCUGGAUGGUCUCAACGAGUUUGACGGCAGCGAUCAUCAGUACUUCCACGCAGGGCCCAAGGGGCGUCAUGACCAGUGGGACAGCAGACUGUUCAACUAUGGCCACCAUGAGGUUGUGAGAUUCUUGCUCAGUAACCUUAGGUUUUGGAUGGACGAGUACCGCUUUGACGGUUUCCGUUUCGACGGUGUCACCAGUAUGCUUUACCUCCAUCACGGCAUGGGAUUCGGGUUUUCUGGCGGCUACCACGAAUAUUUCGGAGAGAAUGUUGACACCGAGGCUGUCGCUUAUCUCAUGCUGGCCAACGAGCUGUUGCAUUCACUCUACCCAGAGGUGAUCACUAUUGCCGAGGAUGUGUCUGGUAUGCCUGCUCUAUGCCUUCCACUGUCGCUCGGAGGUGUGGGCUUCGACUACCGUCUGUCGAUGGCUGUGCCUGAUAUGUGGAUCAAGAUCCUUAAAGAGCUGAAAGACGAGGAAUGGGAUAUUGGCAACAUUUGCUUCACCUUGGUGAACCGUCGAGAUGGCGAGAAGACCAUUGCUUACGCGGAAUCCCACGACCAAGCUCUGGUGGGUGACAAGACACUGAUGAUGCACCUCUGCGACGCAGAGAUGUACACGAACAUGUCGGUGCUGUCACCAUUCACGCCUGUCAUUGAGCGUGGCAUGGCCUUGCACAAGAUGAUCCGCUUCUUGACACAUAGUCUGGGAGGUGAAGGCUACCUCAACUUCGAGGGUAACGAAUUUGGCCAUCCUGAAUGGCUCGACUUCCCACGUGAAGGUAACAACGACUCCUUCUGGUACGCCAGGCGCCAGCUCAACUUGCCCGACGACGAACUUCUCCGCUACCGCUUCCUCAACAACUUCGAUCGAGCUAUGAAUUGUACGGAGGAUCUUAUCGGCUGGCUUGGUGCCCCACAGGCAUACAUCUCACUGAAGCACGAGGGUGACAAGGUGAUUGUCUUUGAGCGCGCUGGAGCUGUGUUCAUCUUCAAUUUCCACCCCAGCAACAGCUACUCGGACUACCGCAUCGGCAUCGAUGUGCCGGGCACAUACCGUAUCGCUCUGAAUACGGACACUGCAGAGUUUGGAGGAUUCGACCGCGUUGAUCUCAAAACGCGUUUUUUCACCACACCCAUGGAAUGGAAUGGUCGGGCCAACUGGACACACAUCUACAUCCCGAACCGUACCGCCAUGGUGUUGACACUGGAGGAUCCUGUUUCGCAAACCUCGUAA